CGCGAUCGAAUAGAUCGGACCGUUAAUACAUUUCAGUAUUUCUUCUUCCCCAAUACACUCUUCUCACUUACAGCUACCCAGAUCGCCGCGUCUUCUUCCAAACCCCUAAACCCUCUACAGUUCGUCCGUCUCUCCGCCACUGUACGUCCAUUUUGUUCCUAUCUAGUUAGCAUAUCUGGUGGUUUACGAAGGAAGCAGAGAUGAGCUUUAAAAAUGCGAGGGUUCCGAAUGCUGGAUCGGCGGCGACUCUCGUGAAGGUUGCGCUCAUCGGAGGCGCUGGCGUCUACGCCGCUCUCAAUAGCCUUUACAACGUCGACGGCGGUCACCGGGCCAUCGUCUUCAACCGCAUUCAAGGAAUCAAAGACAAGGUUUAUCCUGAGGGAACUCAUUUGAUCAUCCCUUGGUUUGAGAGACCAAUCAUAUAUGAUGUUCGUGCUCGUCCACACCUUGUCGAGAGUACUUCUGGUAGUCGUGACCUUCAGAUGGUUAAAAUCGGCCUUCGAGUUCUUACCCGUCCUUUGCCCGAUCAGUUACCAACAAUAUACCGAACUCUUGGAGAGAACUAUAAUGAAAGGGUUCUGCCAUCAAUUAUCCACGAAACUUUGAAAGCUGUCGUAGCACAAUACAAUGCUAGCCAGCUCAUCACACAAAGAGAGGCUGUGAGCAGGGAAAUAAGGAAGAUCUUGACGCAGAGGGCAUUAAACUUCAACAUUGCGCUGGAUGAUGUAUCCAUUACAACUCUGAGCUUUGGGAAGGAGUUCACUCAUGCUAUUGAAGCUAAACAGGUGGCUGCACAGGAUGCUGAGAGAGCCAAGUUUAUUGUGGAAAAGGCUGAGCAGGAUAAAAAGAGUGCUGUAAUCAGAGCUCAGGGUGAGGCCAAGAGUGCUCAGCUUAUUGGAGAAGCAAUCGCAAACAACCCAGCAUUCCUUGCAUUGAGGCAGAUUGAAGCUGCAAGGGAAGUAGCUCAAACAAUUUCGAAUUCUGCUAACAGGGUGUUUCUAAACUCAAACGAGCUGUUGCUUAACCUCCAGGAUCUCAAUUUGGAGAGCACUACAAGAUUAAAGAAAUAAUGUGGGAGAGAAAAUUUUGAUGUUCCUUUUUGCAUGGAUCCCCGCAGCAAAGAAACAAUCUUCACAAGUAAUCUUUGUUAUCAGGAAUUUUGAAAUUGUUACCGUUUUUCAAUUCAAUAAUCUAUUCUUACAUACUAAUAUACUAUGAGAAGGCCAUCAUUCGAAAACUAAAGGAUUGUUUGUGUUGUUAUCCUUAUCAAGAAGAUAUUUAGGCCCGUUUCGUUGA